UCAAACCGGAAAAGGUGUUGACUGUGUUGACGGUUUGUUGCUGUUGAAAAAGGAGAAAACGCAUCAAAUGAUUAGGAAGCAGCUGGAAACCUACGGCUCCAGCUCUGGUUUAUCUGAGACGUGUGAGAGGGUGUGUUGAACACAUCCCAGCAGCCGUGCGUCAUGUCCUCCGACCUGCUGGUGGAUCUGGGCGAAGACCCUACGGCCGCACAGAUCGGACAGCUGAAACUGGCCACCAUCGAGGACCAGCAGUGGCCCGCCGACGAGUCCACGCUCAGCAAGUCGGCGACGGACGUGUCCCAGGGCUUCGACGCCGACUCCCCGCACCUCCCCUGGGAUCACCCGUUCUACGACAUCGCCAGGCAUCAGAUCAUCGAAGUGGCGGGCGAUGAUAACUUUGGCAGGAAGGUGAUAGUUUUCAACGCGUGCAGGAUGCCGCCGCACCACCAGCUCGACCAUCACAAGCUGCUGAUGUAUCUGAAAGGGACUCUGGACCAGUACGUGGAGAGCGACUACACUCUCAUCUACUUCCAUCACGGGCUGACCAGCGAGAACAAACCCUCCCUCAGCUGGCUGCGGGACGCCUACAGGGAGUUCGACAGGAAGUACAAGAAGAACAUCAAGGCGCUGUACAUCGUCCACCCAACCAUGUUCAUCAAGACGCUGCUGAUUCUCUUCAAACCCAUUAUCAGCUUCAAGUUUGGCAGGAAGAUCAACUACGUGAGCUACCUGAGCGAGCUGGAGGACGUGGUGAAGUGUGACCAGCUGGUGAUUCCCGCCCGCGUCCGAGAGUACGACAACAAGCUGAGGGCGUCCCUGAAACCGGCGGCCCAGCCGCCCAUGUCCCCGCCCCGGAGCCCCCCCCUCCCCAGCCAGGUGUUCGGGCUGCCGCUGCCGCUACUGAGAGAGAGGAGCCCAGACGGGGAUCCAGUUCCCGUGGUGAUGAGGGACACGAUCGGCUUCCUGUCGGAGCAAGGUCUGGAGAUGGAGGGGAUCUUCAGGCGGUCGGCCAACGUGACCCUGGUGAAGGAGGUGCAGCAGCGCUACAACUCAGGCGGGCUGGUGAACUUCAGCGACAUGGAGGACGUCCACCUGGCCGCCGUCAUCCUGAAGACCUUCCUGCGGGAGCUGCCGGAGCCGCUGCUCACCUACCAGCUGUACAACGACGUGGUCAACUUCGCCUCCGUGUCCAGUGACAGCCAGGUGGAGGCGCUGAAGGUUCUGGUGGAGUCGCUGCCGGAGGAAAACUACCAGUCUCUGCGGUACCUGGUCACCUUCCUGGCACAGGUGUCGGCCAACAGCGAGGUGAACAAGAUGACCAACAGCAACCUGGCCGUGGUGUUCGGGCCCAACCUGCUGUGGGGGCGGGACAACGCCAUGUCGCUCAGCGCCAUCGGACCCAUCAACAACUUCACCAGAACCCUGCUGGACCAGCAGCACCUGGUCUUCGUCUGAGCCCCGACCGUCUCUCCCUACCCCCCCAUCACCGCUCAAACCCCAGCAGCUGCUGACCAAUCAGGACGAACCUGGACCAGUCACAUCCUGUCCCUUCAGUGGGGGGGCGGCCCUUCCUCCCCCAUGGUCAUGUGACCCCCAGCAUGUGGAAACAUUCCUUAGACCCUUCAGCAGAACCACUGGGUCGGUACCCCAGAGGUGUUUUGCUGAUUUAACCCCAAACUAUUAGUAUUAAUGUUCUCUCUGCAGCCAAACUCUGCAAAAACUCCAAAUCUUAACAAGAAUAUUUGUCUGAUUUCUAGUUAAAAUAUCUCAUUUUUAGUAAAAGAAAAUCUCAUUACACUUAAAACAAGACUUAUCACUGGAAAAAACAACAAU